AUGGCGGUGUCGUGGACCGCAAAGAAACAGGGCGGUGUUAGCCUUUCGACCAUAAAGGCCGAGUUCGUCGCGGCGUCGGAGGUCGCGCGCGAACUCAUUGGCUUGCAUCAGAUGCUCGGAGAGGUGGGCAUGGCUCCGGUUGUCCCUAAGUUGAUGCACGUGGACAAUCAGGCAGCCAUCACCCAGAUCGAAGGAGAAGCCUCCUAG